AUGACCGCAUUACCAACCGAAACCGUCGUCGAGUACCUUCUCUCUGCGCCGAAAGUUGUCCGAGAAAUGCAGCCAGUGACCUGGACGUUUCUCGAUCCACCGCCGCCAGAUGGGACGACUAUCUUGACAUGGCAACCUCUUGCUCAUCUCGGUACAACCUUUGCCAGUGAUGGAUAUGUUUGGGCCGAUGCCGAACAGGCAUUUACUUUUGAGGCCCGAGGCUAUACCGUCGAAAUGUGGGUGCAGAGAAGUGGCUACAAUCCUCCCCGCGAAACAAUCGCUACGCAUUCUCGUCGCCGUUACCGCCUCGUUCCUCCCAAAGUCCCCAACCCGAACAUCCCCAAUCCUGACCCAUCGCUAUGGAUUGUUCACUACUCACGCGCCGCUCAAGGCGACCACAUCCCGGCCCAGCGCAUUCCAAUUACACCUCAGUUACAGACCUCGCUUGCCCAACGGCGAUUUCUCCAGAGCCAAGGCCAGCUUGCACGCAAAGACUUCAUGCUUCAUGACAGAAACAACUGGCCCACCAUCUCUUUUCCGCCCCAGAUGGGCCCUCAAGGUUUUGCGCAACAACAGCAACCAUACUAUGGAAACGCAGUCCCUGGUCGCCAACCUCAAGCUGGCUUUUACCCCCCGCAGGCUAGUGCACAAGCCGGGCCCACACCAACUAAAGCUCCUCGUGCUCAUCGUCCAUCUGCCGGAACCGUUGCAGCUGCUACGGCAGACUUUGCAGUGGAAGAUGAGGAGGUAUCUACCGGCGAUAUGUUAGAUUUACUCACCCCUCGUGAGAUUAGUAAAAUACGCUACCAGCAACACCACGAAUGGAUGGAAGAGCUUUUCGCAUCCCCAUACAAUAUCAAACAAAUAAUUCCAGUUGAUCUCGGACUCGGUCGCAAAGGGGAACUUGAGGCGCUUACGGCUGGUUUUUUUGAGGCUCCAACUACAGUGACACCGCCUAAGGAUGGCCAGGAACAGGAUACGUUCCUAAAGGAUGGCAAAAUAGAACCUGAGAAGGCAGAAGAGUUUGCUGACAAGGUUGCCAAGAAAGUUUCCACUACGACGGCUGAGAUUGAACGAUUGAAGAAACGCCAUGCUCUCCGUCUAGAGAAGGUCCGCCGGCUGACAAUCCUCAAGGAGGGUGAAAGACGGCUACGCGAGGCUGGGGCGUACCCUUCAGAAACAGGUCCUGAAGUGUGGAGAAUGGAAGGCCGAAUCGAUACCUCGAAUGAGGAUGAAAUUACGGUUGAGGACUUUUCGCUGCAAGUUCCGCGGUACAAGGUCGAUGAUGUCGUUAAAGAUUUAGAAAAGGAGUAUGGACAAACGAUUAGCUUGGACUCGAAUAUUUCGUGUGUAGAGAAAGGCGGCCUUCUCGAAAGGAUUGAACCAGUGGAAGAUACCCUUGGUGCGGAUACUGAUAUGCUCAUGGACACAAGUCUUUUGGAUCAGUUUGUAGCGUCAUCCACCUCUACACCUGGGCAGCAGAUCCCGUCUAACCUCGAUGGCGCCGGAGACUCCAGACAGCCUAUGGGCGAAGUGAAGGAUACUGACGUUGAAAUGGGAGGCGCCGUAGAGUCAUUACAACACAGUACUGCUGCCGGCGAGACUGGGGAUUGGGUAGUAGUGGACAAUGGAAAGCAAGGCAACGUGCAAGGCCCUCCAGAGAGGCUUCUUCCUGGAAACGGACAGAUCGCAGGUGACACACCAGGCAGUGGUCUAACACCUGGGAAUGGCCACGGCCUCGAGACAAGCAACUUUGACGAUGCCACCAACUUCACAAAUAUGGAUUCCGCGGGUGAUGCGCUCGCCGCAUAUGAUGACCAACAUGACGGCUUGGAUCUUCCGGACCUAGACAACUCUGCAUUUGGAGAUGCUUUCCAUGCGUCCGACCAUGAACUAGGACUUCAUCCGGAUGAAGAUGAGAUGGCAUGA